AGCUCCUUUGGUCAAUCAUGCAGUAUUAUCCAUGGCUUCCCCGUCUUCCCUUGUCCGCUGUUUGCCCCCCCCCACCCCCGCCGAGUCACAUGUGCUCAGCUCCCAAGUCCAAUCCCACCGAUGCUACUCUAGUGGCUUCAACUAAUCUUUCUUCCACCUUUUCCGUACAGUUCAUCAGGAAUAUUAGGUGCGUAUGAGCAGAAAGUGUAGGGGUGAAGCGAUGUAAAUUACGUCCCAGUCUGCGCUAUAUAAAGUCAGCAGCAGCAUGACUCGAUCGUCACCAGAAGUUCCAACCUCCGUGUGCUUCGGCUUUUGCUUUUUUCUUCCUGGUGGUGAGCAUGAUGGCUUCCGUUUCAAGUGAGAGCUGGAAGUGCACCGCGCAGGAACUCGACGUCGAGGGGGUCGACGUCCCUGAUAUCGACGACGCGCUUCUCAUGGAGAUGCUGGAGUCGUCCUGCGCCGACGAGGACCAGCUCUACGGCGUGAUUCGAUCUCUGGAAGCGGAGAUCGGCCAUGGCGACGUGGUCAUGAUCGACGACGGGGAAUCGACCACCGGGCCCAGUGACGGGGGUUUGGAGGACAUACUAUCCGAUCUGGAUAGCCACGAGGGGUUGAGAUCGGGGAUGCAUCAAGUUGAAGACCCAUUUGAUUGGGCCGAGAUGGACGCGGUGGCCAACUCGGCUUGCCAUGACCUGCUGCCCGAUUGGUAUUAUAUGGAGGCAGAGGAUACUACGCUUUGUUACGGAGAGGCCAGAGAUUACGCUGGUUUCUACUACUGCGGGGAGAGCUUAACGGAGCAAGUGUAUGGUCCAUUGUGGCAAUGAACACGGCUUCAUACACUAAUAAUAUGCUCAGGAAAAGAAUGAAUGAAUGCAAAUGUCAUGAUUUGGAAACUCAUAGUUCACCAAAGCUCCAAGGGAAGACAUGCUGUCGUUCUCCAUUCCUGAGGGAUGGCUCGGUCAGCUGCGGAAGGUGUUCGAGGCUUUUCCUCAUGACCGCCUCCGUGAGAAGAACCUAUCUGUUCCUUUUGUUGGCUUCUUGUGGCGGCAAGAAACGGAGGUGUCACCGUGCUCCAUCUGACGUCCAAACGCGAGGUUAAGGGCAUGGCAGGCAUGCUUUGUCUUAUAGGCUGGGAGAGUAUGUGCUGCGAUUACAUGGAGUUAACCGAGAAACUCCGCUGUGAUUUUACGAAAUUUGUUGACAUUUUACAUCAUCUACGUUUGUCUAUGUUGGUCGACAUUUCUGUGGUCAAAUCAGCUUUGAUGGUUGAUUGAUAUUUCGGGGUAGGAGCUCGUUUUGAGAAUCUCCUGAUGUGAAUAUGAUUGUUACAACAAAAUUUGCUUGUUCUUUCCUCC